AUGAACUUUAGGAGGAUUUUCCUAGUCAAGUGCUUGCUGCUUUUGUUUCCCCGUGUAAAAUGCUCCGUCACCAACUGGAUUUACACGGCAGUGAAUGAGACGGCUCUUCUCAGCAUCGCUGCUGCUGGGAGCAUAUAUGAUGCAACGUGGCUGAGAGACAGACAAAGGUUGCUUCAGAUAAAAGAUAAGAAAGUUAAGUACUAUGUGAACAAGGACCAGUGCAGGUGUAAGAUCCUCCUAAAUGGGACUCUGCAAAUAGAGCAUGUGGUGAAAGAGGACAGUGGAAAGUACACAGUGACUGUUUAUCAGGAUGAUGGAAAAUUGAAGGCAGAAGAAGACAUAAUGUUCAUUGUUCAGGAGCCUGUCCCUCAGCCAAUCCUCAGUGCUGAAUGCAUGAAUAAAACUGUAUCUGUCAAGUGCGAAGUGAAGCAGAAGAGUAAAGACGAAACAUUUAUAAUAGAACUGACACAGGAUAAAAGCAAAAAAAUCCAAAAGAAUGCAACAAAGUUGGAAUUGCGCACGCAGUAUUCUGGGACGUUCACAUGUGUUGUUAAGAACCAAGUCAGCAAAAAAAAGGCUGAAAAAGUAAUUAAGUGCUCAGGCCAGCUGGACCUUUAUCUCAUCUUAGGCAUAGCAGGAGGUGCAAUCUUCUUUGUCAUCUUCGUGAUUUUGCUUAUUUAUUGUAUCAGGAAGAAGAAAGCAGAAAGACUUGAAGAUGAUGACGAGGAGCGAAUGCCACAGGCUCGCCGGGCGGACAGUGAAAUGGUGGUGCGGGAGCUCCCUCAGCCGCUGUGCAACCCUACCCCGAAGCAGCUGCGCGUGCAGCAGCGGCCGCUGCCGCAGCCCCAGGUGCAGCAGCAAGCAGUGCCCCCGCGGCCCAGGCCCCGCACUCAGCAGCAGCCUACAAACCACCCGAGACAAAGACCUUGA